CCUGAUAAUGAUGGCGGUGGUUGAGGAGACGUGAAGACAGUUCCCGUGGAUCAUUAAUUCUGUAAUAUUACUUGGAAUCCUUAAUUAAAAAGUAUUGGUGAACAGAGAACCAAGACAAAAUGAUUCAAGUCGGUAUGUUUAGCAUGCCUCCACCUCCCAUACCCCAAGGAAAGCCUCCACCCAUGGGAGGGGGCCCACAACAGUUCCAGCCAUUAUCGUUCAAGCCCUUUAAAGCUCCAGAUGGUGAAUUUGAUGGCAAAAGACUUAGAAAGAGUGUCAUGCGCAAGACUGUUGAUUAUAACUGUUCUGUAGUAAACAUGUUAGAGAAUCGUGUGUGGCAAAGAGAUGAACGGGACCGUUGUACACUUCAAGCAGAUGUAUGCUAUGCCUCGGAAAUGCUUCCUCCUAUUGCAUAUCCUAUGAAUCCAAUUAAUGCUGUUGUUACGAAAUUUGUGCGUACUUCUACAAAUAAAGCAAAGUGUCCAAUCUUUUGUUUGGCCUGGACACCUGAGGGUCGUCGCCUGGUGACAGGAGCUUCAUCAGGGGAGUUCACUUUAUGGAAUGGUCUUACCUUCAACUUUGAAACUAUAUUACAGGCGCAUGAUAGUAGUGUGCGGACGAUGGUGUGGUCACACAACGACCAGUGGAUGGUGACUGGUGACACUGGCGGUUUUGUCAAAUACUGGCAGACGAACAUGAACAAUGUGAAGCUCUUCCAGGCCCAUAAGGAUCCCGUGCGUGGCCUCAGUUUUUCCCCAAGUGACCAGAAGUUUGCCACUGGCUCAGAUGACGGAACAGUUAGGAUAUGGGACUUUUACCGCUGUUAUGAAGAAAAAGUUCUUAGAGGUCAUGGUGCUGAUGUCAAAUGUGUGGACUGGCAUCCCUCUAAAAGUUUACUGGCAUCUGGCAGUAAAGACAACCAACAACCUAUCAAACUUUGGGAUCCUCGAUCUGGCCAACCUCUUGCAAAGCUACAUGCACACAAAAGCACAGUAAUGGACUUGAAGUGGAAUGCAAAUGGCAACUGGCUUUGCUCAGCAUCCAGAGAUCAUCUCCUUAAGCUUUUUGAUAUUCGUAAUCUGUCUACAGAGUUCCAGGUCUUUCGAGGUCACAAAAAGGAAGCUUCGUGCAUUGGCUGGCAUCCCCAUCAUGAGGGUCUGUUUGCUAGUGGGGGCUCUGAUGGCUCUAUACUCUUCUGGCAUGUUGGGAAUGAUAAGGAAGUUGGUGCUAUUGAGUCUGCCCAUGAUGGCAUUAUAUGGGAUUUGGCUUGGCAUCCUCUUGGCCACAUUCUGUGCUCUGGUUCCAAUGAUCACACCUCAAAAUUCUGGACAAGAAAUCGGCCUGGUGACAAAAUGAGAGACAAGUACAACUUGAAUACAUUACCUGCUGGCGUACUUGCUGAUGACUCAAUGGAUAUUGAUGAUAUUCCACUGAAUUCAAGCUUAACAUCACAAGGAGUUAUCCCUGGCAUGGGUCCUGAAGACAAGGUGGAAGAGGCAGAAUCUACUGGACCAGAAACUAUUCCUGGGUUGGACUUUGAUAGUGGUGGCUUUGACAGAUUUUCCAAGAAGACUCCUUAUGCUAAACCAAUCCCCAAGACUUUCCAAGCAGCAUGGAAUGCCGCUGGAGGUUUGGAUGAAGAAAUGGAGGAGGAGAACAGUGCAACGAGCUGGGUGGUGACUGAUAGUGCUGGCUUGUUCAGCUUACCUGCAAAUAUAGAGGGAGAAAUGGUUUACACAGAUGAGGGAGAUGAGCUGCCACCUGGGUCUGUUCCUCUUAACACCAUCAAAGCAAACUCUAUUCUUUACUGUGGUUUCCUUAUUCCACUUGAGAAAGUAGCAGGAGAUGUAAUUCAAAAUGCAUUUGCCACUAUGGAGGAGGAAGAGGCCAUAUCAGAAAUUACUGGUGACUAUGAAUUUGCUAGAAAACUCAUCAAGGAGAAGAAUCAACUGCUUAAUCCCAAUGCUAGUAAUGAUGAGUCUGGAGAGAAGAAAAGUGGAGGGUUCCAGCAGGGCCAGUUUGAUGAACAGAACCCUCAAAACACCAACACUAACACUAGUAACAAUAACAACAACUUCCAAGGUGGUCCUCGCAACUUCAAUGCUUCAAGGGGAAAUUUCAGGGGCCAUCCUGAUGCCGGAUUCAACCGUGGGGGACAAAGAGGAAACUGGGUACACAGAGGAGGAUCCAGAGGUGCUUAUGGCCCAGGAAUGGGUGGACCAAGGUUUACAAAUGAGCACAGUGAUCAGGGUUAUGAAAAUGAUUGGAGUUAUGAGAACAACAGUAAUAGUGAUAACAACAUUAAUAAUGGUGGAGGAGAACGAAGCCACAUGGAUGACAGAGGACAGAACUGGAUUCGAGGUCGUGGUCGAGGAAGAGGUCGUGGUGGAUUCAAAGAUUUUAAUAACUUUGAAGACGACGAACGUGGAAACUGGGGCAGACCCAACCAUUGGCGAGGAAGAGGAGGAAUGCACGGAGGCAGCCAAGAUGAGAAUACUGGAGGCAGAGGAGGGUUAGGAGUAGACCAUAGUAGUGGUGGAGGUGGGGAGAGGGGAGGAGGUGGGGGUAACUGGCACAGUGAUGAUAAUUCAUGGAAUAAUAAAGGUGGGAACUUCAAUAACAGCCAGGAGGGAGGAUGGGAGAAUGAAGAAGGAAACUUUGGUGGACACGGUGGACGAGGAUCUUGGAGAGGACGUGGAAGAGGGUUUAGAGGAGGAGGGGAUUUCCAGUAUGGGGGAAGAGGUGGAAGGGGAGAUUUCCAGAGAGGAAGGGGAAGAGGUGGGGAUUUCCAGCGAGGGCGAAGUAGGGGAGGGCUACCUCGUGGAAGAGGCAGAGGUGAAGGAGGUGGUGGAUGGGACAGUUUCCAGUAAUAUAGUUUUCCAUACACUGGGUUUCUAAUUCAUUUAGUCAUGUGAGGAAUUUUGGUGUUCAGGUUUGUUGAAACUAUUGUAGGUUCCCAAUUGAUGAUUCUGAUAUGCCCUUUUAGUUAUAUGAUAUAUUACUAAAUAAGGAUAUUGCUGUGUGUCACUGCAGGAAAUGACUGUGUUUGUACUGCCUGGUGCAAUGACUCAAUGUUUUGCUCAUUUCCAGCAACAAUGUCAUAAGGUAAAUUCCAGAUAUUAUUUUACAGAAAUUAAUGUUUGUUUUUGGCCUGCAGGUAAUGCAAACGAGCAUAUUUAAAAAAUAUAUAUAUAUAUUGUGUUGUCACAAAGUAAACAACAUACCUGCAUCACCAGUUAGAUUCACUCAUUUGAUUAUAUCUUAUCAUCAUCAUCAUCAGAGGAUAUUAUGUACAAAUUUUACACAUCCAUCAUGCUUCAGACAUGUCCAGAUGAGUAUGAUCAUACCAUUCAUUAUCCAGUAGGUUUUAGUACAGUACUUCAAAUCAUUUUCACUGUCAAGUUUAUAUUGCAAUUGGUGACAGCAAUCAUGGUCACUGGUACUGGGAAACACUUGCUGUCCACGGCCAGAACGUUGGUACAUUAGCUAGAGUGUACUGAACUUGCUAUCAUUGAAAAGUUGGCUGCUGAUGCAAACUGAAACUAGGGAAACUCUUACAUAAAUGCGAAUGAUGCUAAGGCAGGAUUAAAUUUAAUUAUAAUAAAAUCAUACAAUUUUGGGGGGAUGAAUAUAGUGAUUAGAAACAACUUUAUAUGUGAAAAGUUAGUUUUGGUACAAAGCUGCUUUAGACAACAUACCAUGGGUAUCUCUUGAUGGCAAUAAUAUAUUGAAUCCUGAUAACAUCUUUGUUUUGUUUUACAAGAUUUGAUUGAAGGGUUUCAAAACUAAAACUUGAUACUUGGUGUGAUAUUGCUAGAGCACACUUAAUUAAAACAGCCAUCUUCUCUGUUGGUUGUAUGUGGCCUUGUAGAUUUUGAGGCUGUUUUUUGGGUAGAAAAAGCACCAACAGCCAAUAAAUGUAGUAGUAUGCUUACAAAAUGCUUCAGCAUUCUGGCCUGAUAUUACUUGUAUUGCAGUUUAUAUGAUUUAUGUUGUCUAAAAUUAUUUGUUUAAUAAAUACUUGCCAUUCUCCA